AUAAAUGCAUUUUUUAUUAAUUAUUGAGCUUAAUGAUAGUAAUUGUGAAUGAAAACAAGCCAAAUUAAUACUAACCUCCUACGGUAGUGCAGAAAGGUAGCAUUGGACAACAAAACGGAAUACCGGUAGACAGUAAAGGCGAUCAGAAGCGAUGGCUGCCAUACAACAAAUUAAUAAACUGACUGUCACAAAGUCGCCGCUGUUGCAGUUCUUCCGCUAUCGUGGCAAGAUAAAUAUACAGCGUCCCCAGCCGCCGCACUAUGAACGCGCACGUGUGAUGGCCGUCACCCAGCCAAGGUAUCUGGAGGAGCCAAAGACGCUAACCUGCUUUGAGAAGCGGGCGCAACGCAACCAGACACAGCUGGAGAAUCCUUACAAUGCAAUAAUUGCGCGCGAGGUGCGCAACUGGUUGGAUCAUUCGCAGCUGGUGGCCAUUUACCAUCUCAACUCGAUAACGGCGGACGAUAUCUUUCGUGUGCGCGUCCAGUUGCAUAAACAGAAUAUGCAUUUGAAGUCCUACGGCCGCAAGAUCAUAGCGCAAGCUGUGGCGGGCACCAACUAUGAAGCGAUAUUGCCGCUGUUCCACUCUAACCACUGCAUUGUGUUCUCGCCGGAUCAGCAGCGUGUCGCCUCUUUGCUGCGCAUCACACGCAAAGUGCCUCAAAUGGUGUUGCUGGGCGGCAUUGUGGAGAGCACGCUGUUAAGUCGCAAUCAGCUGAUGGAGUACGCACAGAUGCCAAAUCUGCAGACCAUGCAGGCGCAACUGGUGCAGACACUAAACAUGGCAGCGGGCAAUGUGGUGCAGCAGCUGCAGGCGCAUCAGUGUAAUCUAGUCCGUGCGUUGGACGUCCAUGCGAAGAGUGAGACGACGGAGCAACAGCAACAACAAGAGCCAGCCGAACAGACACCAGCGUAACUUUUGAUUGCACUUGGUUCCAACGGCCUGAAUCUGCUGGAAUGAUAGCGUCUGCUUGUCUGCACCUGGGCAUACUAGGAGCUUACUGUUGUCUGUU